GCUAGCUGCUAGCCUGCGAGUGCUGCGUGCCGUGCCCAUGAGUAGAUUCGGAUAUGAUGAGCGGCAAGACGGGCGCGGUAAUUGCUGGAGUGUGUGGAACCCUUUUCAUCGCAUACUGCAUUUAUUUCGACAGAAAGCGACGGAGUGACCCCCGCUUCAAGGAAAAGCUACGUGAACGAAGAAGAAGGCAAAAUGCUUCUAGCGAGAAGUCUGGACUGGCAAAGCUGCCUGAUUUGAAGGACGCGGAAGCUGUUCAGAAAUUCUUUCUGGAGGAGAUCCAGCUGGGAGAGGAGCUCCUGUCACAAGGUGAGUUUGAGAAAGGUGUGGACCACCUAACCAAUGCGAUUGCGGUAUGCGGUCAGCCUCAGCAGUUGCUUCAAGUACUCCAGCAGACACUUCCGCCCCCUGUCUUCCAAAUGCUGCUCACCAAACUGCCCACAAUCAGCCAGCGAAUCAUCAGCUCUCAGUCUUUAACAGAAGAUGACGUGGAAUGAAUGAUUAUGUGUGAGUGAGAGAUGGAAAUAUACCUUUUCCUUAAAGGGAUUUCAGACACUGUUUGGUACAAGUGAAUGCAGUUGUGUGUGAGUCGUGAGCCUGAUUAUUAGAGAGCUCGACCUUUGGACAUCAGAUGAGGAUAACCCCCCCCCCUCCUCCAAUCACGACCCUCAGAGGUUAAAGAACAUCCUCAAGAUUUCUGGGAAAUUUUAAAAAUACAUUCCAUCUUUCUAAUUUUGCUCCCAUCAGAUCUCAUGUUUUCUACUCAUUUGUUUAUUCUAUUUAUUUUCCUCAAAAGUAGUUAUGUUUUGUUUUUUCUUUCGUUUUUUGGGGGUGGGGGGGUUGCUGAUAUAUACUAAAUAAAAAAACAAAGGUAUGUAAAUGAUUUGUUACAUAUUGCUGUGCAAUUGACAUGUACAUGUGAAAUCUGUAUAAGAGUGCCUGCACUAAACAGAACAACUGUUGGUGGAAUAUUGUCAAGUUUUUUGUUUUUCUUUUCAAUGUCAGUUAAAUGUUAUUUUUAUAUUCCAGUCUUUCAUAUCUGGAUGUUAUUUUCGUGUGUGUGUGUAAAAUCCUAAAAUAAAUCAUGAAAACACAACUUGAGUUUCUGAGUUGCCAGUAGAUGGCAGUAGCAAUGCACAAGAAAAUUUGAAGCCGUCUUAGUUUGGGAAAUAUUUAAUGUGUGUAGUUUUUAUCUGGAGGGUCGUUUUGCUGAAUGAGCGUCUAGUGCGUAAGUCAAGGAUACAUAUUUCAUGAUUUAAAAAAAAAAAAGAUGCUAAGGAGCCUGGAGGAAGGUAAUGCAAUCUAAUGGGGCAGAAUUGCUAGGGUCCUCACAAUUAAAAACAAACCCUUGAGUCCUGA